UUCACUUGGCAUUUCACUCAGUGUCAGUGAGAAUAAUUUGGAGUAUUUAUUGUAAAGGGUGGUAUUUAAAUUUAAAAUAAAUUUGUUUUGGUAGGUAAUAACACCUGAUUUACUAAAAAAAUAAGACUAUAAUCUAGUCACAAAGAUGUUCAUUAAUGGAAACCUGUCUUUGCGGUUUAAACCAGCUGAAUUACACUAUUUUAAUUGGGUGUACGGUAUAGCUCCAUGUUUUCCACUUAAGGCUUCAAAAAUAAAUAUAAUAUCAGAUCCUGCAAAAUUCUAUGAUACAUUGUGUGAAAGAUUAAAAAAUGCCAAUCGUCGGGUGUCUAUUGCUAGCUUAUACAUUGGUACAGGAGAUAUGGAAAAACAGUUAUUCCAAGAUACAAAGCAAAAUGUUUUUCAAAAGAAAAAAAUUAAAUUCAGUGUUAUUCUUGAUUAUCAGCGGGGAACACGUGGAGAGAUUAAUUCAAAGACAUUAUUACAAGAAUUCCUCGAUGUGGCACCAGAGCAGUGUAAUAUUUCUUUGUACCAGACGCCUCGUUUAUAUGGAUCUUGGUCUAAAGCUUUACCAUCUCGGUAUAAUGAACUAGUUGGUCUCCAGCACAUGAAACUCUAUAUAGCAGAUGACUCGGUUAUUUUGAGUGGUGCCAACUGUUCCAAUGAUUAUUUCCAUCAACGUCAAGAUCGAUAUGUUGAGAUAGUGGAUGCAGACCUUGCAAAUUAUUACUGUGAACUCAUAGAUGCAGUUAGUCAGUUUAGUAAAAAGUGUCUAAAGGAUGGUACAGUGUGCAAUAGCCAGUAUUCCAAGGAGCAGAUGGUGAAAGAAUUGAAUAAAGUUGUGCUGAAGCAUAUAGAGAAAUGGAUUGCUGCGCAAAAUUCUAAAUUAAAGUCAGAUGGUGAUAAGGACAGGGCUGACACCUGGGUCUUCCCGCUCAUCCAAAUGGGAGAGUUCAACAUUACACAGGACGAGCAAGUGACGACGAAACUACUAUCAUCAGCACCGCCAAACUCGACAUUCAGAUUAGCGACAGGAUAUUUUAAUUUAACAGAGCAAUAUGCAAACACUCUGCUUAAGGAUUGUAAAUCUAAUAUAAGCCUGUUGAUGGCACAUCCUAAUGCUAAUGGGUUUCUCGGCGCUUCCGGUCCAGCGGGAGGCAUACCACAUGCAUAUUCCUUGAUAGCUCGAAAGUUUUGGCAAAGAAUAUUGGAUUCAAACCAGACUGACAGAAUUAAAAUGCUCGAGUAUGAAAGACCUGGAUGGACAUUUCAUGCCAAAGGACUAUGGUACUACCCGGCGGGCAGCGCAGUGCCGUGGUGCACCGUGGUGGGCUCCGCCAACCUCGGCGAGCGCUCCGCGCGCCGCGACCUGGAGGCGCAGGCGGCUAUCUUCACCACUUCGCGCGAUCUACAGGAAAGGCUUCAUGAAGAAUGCUCAAAGCUCCACAAUUACGCGACCGAGUGUGGCAGCGAACUACAAAAUAGGGAGACGCCGUUAUGGGUUCGGGCCACGGUCGGCCUUUUUAGGACAUAUUUUUAAAAUAUUUAAGUUAUUAUUAGGUAGUGGGUACUACCAAGUUAGGAGACACUAGAUACCACUUAUCUAAGCCGCAUCAGCAAUAUUCGACAGCGCAGAAUUAGCAUAACCUACCGCCCGAAUCGAAUGAAAACUCAAUAAAGUAACGGCCCUAUUACAUGUACAUUAAGUUUAAAAUCUGUUUUUGGAUUUUAAAAUGUCUCCUACCUCAAUAUUGAUAAUCAGCUAAAAGAAUAAUUUUUGCUAAUAGUUCACGAUUUUUACGUGGAGGUGUAUGUUAAAUAAUUGAAAGAGGGUUGCUGUUUGCGUAAACAAUACUAUUUUAACUAAAAUUACUUUUCGGAUACAGUCUUUAGUUAUACAGAUCUAAUGAUAGAAAUGGCGUGUCCCUACUAGUGCGAAUACACCGAUACGACAAUAUUGUGUGAGCGGGAGGCAAAUAUUAUUAUUUUUUAUGAAUAGAUUUCGCAUUUAUAUGUAUAAAAAGUUUUUGCUUGGGUAGUGAGUAAGUAGUUAAAAUUAAUAUUGUUGAAUUUUAUCAUGUGAUAUCUAUUAAAAUUUAAAU